CUGUGUGGUUGUGAGAAAGAGGCUCUGGUUGGGGGUAUGUUUGGGGGCACUUCUUAGUUUAUUUGCUGCUACGGUUAGUGGCCGCACUGAAAAGCAUCUUAAAUAAGAGGAGGACUUAGAUAAAGAGCGGAUAUUUUUCACUAGUGCGGACAUUUUCCUUAAAUUUAAUUUGGAAAAUUAACUUAGCAGUGAUUUUCCAGAAAAACCAAGCAGGAAAAAUAAUUUGAUUGAAUUGAAUGACAGUCGAUAGAGGUUCAAAACUAUCGAAAAUUUUCGAUACUAUUCUGCUUUUGACUUUUAAGGAUAGUAAUCUACAUUACCGACAUCAAAGCGAAUUAAUUAAAAAUUCCUUAUUCAUGCAUAUUUUCUUUAUGAAAUCAUUAACUAAUGAUUAUUAUAUGCUAUAUUUUAAUAGUAAGUAGUUUUUUUUAGCUAUAAUUUUCUCUCAAAAUAGUUUCUACCAAAUAAUUAGUCGCGAUAAUGGCGCCAUCUCUACUUUGUCAUUUGAACAUCUUCAUUCAUUGACAAUACAAAUACUAUAUAUAUAGUAAUACUAUACUAUUCAAUGAAAAUUUAAUAAUUUUUCCAUUUUUAUUGCCUGAAUAAUAUUAAUUAUUGUAAUUUCCAAUUAAUUAGUGUGGCAACAGUGAUAGUUUUUAACUAGAAUAGCAACACCGCUGACAGUUUCCGUAUUGCCAACCUUCCAACUAAAAUUCCUCCACCAUAAAACUGCCAUAUAGUUGGCUUUGUACUUGUUAUUUGCUCUUGUUUCUUUCAGCUUGAAAAAAGCCUAAUAAUUUAUAAGUUAUUUAAUUAUUUAUUACAAAAUUAGCUUGAGCUAAUACUCGGGUACCAUGGCCGAAGAAACCAGUCCUAAAGUCGCCUUAAGAGGCUUUCGGAUACAGAAAAAACCUCAACUUUCACACCACCAGUCCAACGAGACAUUGAACAUUUCCCAAGAAAAGCCUGUUGUCCAAUUUAAACGUAUAAUAAAUUUGAUAAGUGAUUCGGAUUCUGAAACUGAAAACCAUGCGAAAGCUCCAUUGCCUCAAACUCCAGUCCGAACACAAAUUAUUCAGGCUGCACCGUGCACGUUCCAGAAUGGGUUUUCUAGACAAUAUCAGAAACCUUCUACGGUUGUGGAAAAAGAGAAGCAAAUGAAGUUCCUACUCGAAAUAUUUCCUAAUUUAGAAGCUAUGAAAAUCCAUGAUAUUUUAUCAAAACACCAAUUCAAUACUGACGCAGCGGCAGCAGAAUUGUCGCGAAGCUACAAUAGAGCAAUGAUACAAAAUAGUAGUUACAGCGAAUGGAAACAAGAGUUUGACAAGACAUUGACCAAUCAGCAACAGCAAAUUCAAGUUUCUAGUACUAGUAAUAGUAAUAAAAGACCUGCCGUAGGAGAACCUACUGUAAAUGGAAGAAAAAAAGUUAAAAAACGGCGAGGAGACUACGAUAGCGACGACAGUACCGGGAGCCACCAAAACUUCAAAGACACAAGAGUAUUCGACAGCGACGACGAAGAUUCUGACGCCGAAAUCAGCAAUUUACUAACUGGCGACAAAAAAAGAGUAAUGGAAUUUUUCCAAACUGCCACCCUAAACGAAUUACAAUUGAUGAAUUAUUGUUCCAAGAAAAAGGCCGAAGCUUUGAUUGAAUCUAGACCUUUUAGUAACUGGAUAGAUUUAGUAACCAAAUUGCAAAGCAAUAAAAAUCUUAGCACAGAUUUACUAAAUUCAGCUCAGCAAGUUUUAUCUACUAGAAGCAACAUUAGACAGCUAAUGAAACGCUGUACUAAUUUGGCUCAGCAAAUGGAAAGGGCCUUAGCUGCAGGGGCUGGAGUAAAAGAACAACCCAGGAAUUUAUCAUCAAGUUUACGCUUAACAAGUUAUCAAAUGGUUGGCUUAAAUUGGCUGGCAGUUUUAUACUCGCAACGCGUCAACGGUAUAUUGGCCGACGAAAUGGGCCUAGGAAAAACAGUACAAAUUAUAGCGUUUUUGGCCUAUUUGAAAAUCACAGGCCAGGCACAUAGUACGCAUUUAGUGGUGGUACCUUCUUCAACUUUGGACAAUUGGAAAAACGAAUUUGCCAGGUGGUGUCCGGAAAUUCGGGUUUUUAUGUAUUCUGGUAGUACUGAGGAGCGCAGAAAAUUUCGGUUUGAUUUUGCCAGGGGGAUGUUGGAGGAUUUCGAUGUUAUCGUCACCACGUAUACAAUGGUUGGUAAUAGUUCAGAAGAAAGGAAAAUGUUUAGGGUGACUCCGAUUCAGUAUGUGAUAUUUGACGAAGCUCAUAUGUUGAAAAAUAUGAACACUCAAAGAUAUGAGAAUUUAAUUAGGAUCAAUGCCAAACAUAGGAUAUUGCUGACAGGCACCCCACUACAAAACAACUUACUAGAACUGAUGUCUUUGCUGAUUUUCGUGAUGCCAAAAAUGUUUGCCGAGAAAACCGAGGAUUUGAAAAACCUUUUCCAAAAAAAUUCAAAAGUUAAAGACAAAGAUUUGGUUCCCGCCUUUGAAAGAGAACAAAUCGAGCAGGCCAAGAGAAUAAUGAAACCGUUUGUAUUGAGAAGAUUGAAACGUGACGUGUUGCAAGAUCUUCCCAAAAAAACCGACCUGGUUGUGACAGUAUUGAUGAGUCCCGCCCAAAAAAGCCACUACCAAGACUUAGUAGCUGCCUACAAAAAUAUUGGACCAGAAGGUUCUAGUUAUAAUGGCAUGAGUAUUAUGACCGAUUUGAGAAAAUUGUGCAACCAUCCGCUUUUGAUGCGAUACCAUUACGGUCUGGACCAGCUACAGCAAAUUGCCGAAUUACUUGCAAAAGAUCCAGGUUACAAGGACACUGUAAUUGAGUAUAUUGUUGAAGACUUAAAGUGGAAAUCUGAUUUCGAAAUACAUACAAUGUCUCAACAAUUUAGGUGUUUAAAUAAAUUCAAGCUACCAGAUAGUAUGAUAUUUACUUCAGGCAAAUUUAUGUAUUUGGAUAAGUGUUUGCCUCAACUACAAAAAGAAGGCCACCGAGUUUUGAUUUUUAGCCAAUACGUUAUUCUACUUAAUGUUUUAGAGGUUUACUUGCAAUUGAAAAAGUAUAAAUAUUUGAGAUUAGAUGGCAGUACUGCUGUUAAUAUAAGGCAGGAUCUUAUAAACGAAUACACUGAAGACAAAAGCAUUUUUAUCUUUCUACUUUCGACUAGAGCUGGAGGUUUAGGCAUUAAUCUUACCAGUGCGGACACUGUUAUUAUACAUGACAUAGAUUUCAAUCCUUAUAAUGACAAACAAGCAGAAGACAGGUGUCACAGGAUGGGCCAAACCAAACCUGUUACAGUUUACAGGCUGAUUUCUCAAGGCACUAUUGAAGAAGGCAUGUUGGCUAUGUGCAAGGAAAAACUAAAGUUGGAAAGGGAACUUACAAAAGAAGAAACUGAAAACUCGGAUGUUAAAAGUGUUGUCAGAUUGUUAUCUUCAGCUUUGGGAAUUGACUCUGCCACAGCCACAAAUCUUGUGUCGCCAAAGAAUGAUUUAAAACAUUAGUAGGGAUUAGAUUUUUUUUUUUUUAAAUAAUUGUUGAUUUAGUUAAUGACAUUAAGGUAACUUUAUUUUUAUUUUUGAUUAAAAGGUAUUUUUACUAUGUUGUAAGUUUGUAUACAAAUUAAAUUUUACCCGAUUUUUGAUUUUCUUCUCAUUCUUAAGGCGAUUGAGUGUUUUUUAAUGCGCUUGGUUUGCUCUUUUUGGGUUACGAUUUUGUCUUUUGACCAAGGUACCUCUUCAGCGCUGGCAAAACUGAUGUAAAACAAAUUUGAAGCAAUAUUAAUUGCUGCUGCAAGGUAAAACACUUUAUUCC